AUGCUCCCUGCGCAGGAGGCGGCCAAAAUCUACCACACCAACUACGUGCGUAACGCCCGCGCCGUGGGAGUCUUGUGGACGGUUUUUACCAUCACCUUCGCGGUCAUCACCGUGGUGGUGUUCAUCCAGCCCUACUGGAUCGGGGACAGCGUCAACACCCCGCAGGCUGGUUACUUCGGCCUCUUCCACUACUGCAUCGGGAACGCGCUGACCUCGGAGCUCACCUGCAAAGGGAGCGCGCUGGACUUCGGCUCCAUCCCGUCCGGUGCCUUCAAGACGGCCAUGUUCUUCGUGGGGAUCUCCAUGCUGCUGGUGGUGGGAAGCAUCAUCUGCUUCAGCCUCUUCUUCUUCUGCAACGCGGGGAGCGUCUACAAGAUCUGCGCCUGGAUGCAGCUGGCCUCCAGUACCUGCAUGGUGAUUGGCUGCAUGAUCUAUCCUGAUGGCUGGGACUCAGAUGAGGUGAAGCGCAUGUGUGGCCAGCGGACCGACAAAUACACCCUGGGCAACUGCACUGUGCGCUGGGCCUACAUCCUGGCCAUCAUCAGCAUCAUGGACUCGCUCAUCCUCUCCUUCCUGGCCUUCAGCCUGGGAAGCCGACAGGACAAGCUGCUGCCAGAGGACUUCCAGGUGGAGGAAAAAGAUAAUGCUUAGACCCUCCUGUGGUCAAGAGUGAAGUGAUGGUUGAGGCGCUACAAGGACAACCUGUGUACUGACUUGAAUAUUCAAAUGAUUUCCAAUGAUUCAGUCAGUCACCAUUUAGAAAUAACUGGACUCAAUCCUGUCUACAAAAUAAUGGCAGCUUAUCAACAGAGUUCUGAAAACAUGAGAUGAGUCACUGUCCGCCCUCCAGUAUCACAGCCUUAGUUUGCCUGAUAUUACAACUUUUAUAAACAUUUGGACAGACUAAAACACUAACCCUAACCCUAUAUUGUAUUAUAAUGUAUUAUAAACAAUACAUUGUUUAUAAUAUACUUUUAUAAACAAUAUAUUGGUGCAUUUUUCAAUGCACCAAUACAUUGAAGCCUUUAAUCUUAUUUGUAAAGCUGCUCAAAAUUUUAGAAUCAGUUCUCACAAGUGGGGACUGUUCUGAGUGGCAAUAUUAAGCAAUUUGAAACGCUGAAAGAAAUUUUCAUUGUAAUUUCUGACAAUGUUCACCUGAAUUUUUUUUUUUUUUGACUAGCUAUCAUAAACUGAGGUGGCAUCAAUCAUAAAUUUUAAUUGUGUCCUUCUCCCCAGUAUCCAGGUUAAUUUCCUGGUACUGAAAAUAUAAUUUUGUGUUGUUUGUGUUGCCCAAAUGGAUACCGCAGUUUUGUACAAAUCUUGCUUCAUUCUCGUGUGUUCGGAUAUUAAGUCAGUGAAUUAAUGCUGUAAUUUUUAACAACAGUUGUAGCGCAACAAAACAAACAGUCCAGGUAGAUUUUGGAAAAUGUUUAUUCUUAUUACCUACAGAAAAAAAUAUCAAAUGAAGAGGGGAGACACGGACAGAAGAGACUUUGUAGAAAAACAAGGAAAUGGUUUUGAUGGGAUUCAAAGCAUUCUUACAAUAUUUGUAUUUCGUACAAUCUAUUAUUUUUAAAUCCAACCUCCAUGUGACAAAGAAGCUCCCGUACACUUGAAGCAAAGAU